GUUUGUGCCAGCUUUGGCGCUAUUCUUCCCACCAUCUGUAUAGACACAUACUUUACAGCAUUGACACACAAUCUGGUUGCAUUGUACAAAUCGGCACAGUAUAAAAUGCAAUUGUUUGGCGUCGAGACUCUUGAGGAGACACAAGAGCGUCUCAGUGAAAUUCUGCAACUCUACAAGAACAUUUUGGACAUGAGUGAUGUGUUGAAUCGUUUCUUUCGUCUAACCAUCUGCAUGCAAUUGAUUGUCGCCUCAUUGUUGCUCUGCUUUAUUGGCUAUACGCUGUCUGAAAACUUUGCCCAACCAAAGACGCCAUUCUAUGCGACUUUCAUGUUCAGCGUGUUGGCACAACUCUACAUUUAUUGCUAUUGUGGGGAGUAUCUAAAGACCGAGAGUAGAAGAUUCGCCAAUGCCAUCUACAACUGUCCUUGGUAUGAGGCAACUGCAGUCAAUCCCACGGUUGGACGUUCCCUCCAAAUCUCAAUGAUGCGCGCUCAACGAGGCAGUCGCAUUGAUGGCUACUUCUUCGAGGCCAACAUGAGGGUGUUCCUAUCGAUUGUAAAAACUGCCUUGUCAUAUCUAGCACUUUUACGAUCGAUUUCUUAG